UAUUGAAUGAAAUUAAAAAAAAUGAGCGAACUGUCAUAUUGAAUGAAAUUAAAAAAAAUGAGCGAACUAUCAUAGAAUUAAAGUGCAGGCAGUGCAGGCAGUGCAUGAGUUAUUCAGCAUGCAUAUUUGUUUUUUUUCUGCAGAUCGUUGAAUGAUUCAAUAAAUGUUAAAGUGUUCAGUUGUCACUUUAUACAUAAAAGUAUAUCAUGAAUAGUGUGAAGCAUGAACAACAAUCUUCAAGGCCCUCAAGAUCCCAUCCGGAUGACAUCAAAACAUCUCAUCAUAAAGAUGGGGCAAAAGGCUCUGAGCUCUGGACAGAUGGGCUACUCUGUGCUUAUGAGCUUUUGUCUGGGAAUAAGAAAAAAAGUAGAGAUAGGUUGCGUUCUAAAAAUCAAAUAGCACCAGAGAAAAUUGCUCAAGAUAUAACUAGGAUCAGACAGUCUGAUCCAAAUAACUUGUCUAAAACCAAUUUAAGCAGGGAUUCAAAACUAGAGGAGACUACUAUUGUUUCAACCGAUAGGGAAGAUCCACAACCAAGUUUACUAAAUAUUGAAGAAACAGCUGGAAAUAAAGGCAUGGUGAUGCCGAGGGAAAGCCAAAUUGCAAGAAAGAACAGAAAUGUGGAUACAUUUCAAGAAUGCUCUUGGGUCCCAAUUGGAUGGUCAAGACUAUUGGAACUUGUCCAGAUGGUUCAAGUUGACACAGAAUGGACUUCUCAGCCAAUAGAAUACAUUGAAGAAGAGGAUACUCGUACUGUUGCCGAUGUUGCAGCUCCAUACUGGCAGAGACCAGCUGGGCCAACUUGGUGGUGCCAUGUAAUGGUAGGGCAUCCAAAAAUUGAUUCCUGGUUAAAGAACUCUCAGUGGCUGCAUCCUAAAAUCAGUACUGCUCUAAGACAUGAAAACCAAUUAAUUAGCGAGAGAAUGAAGCACCUAUUAUAUGAGGUUCCAGUGCGUGUUGCUGGAGGACUAUUGUUUGAAUUGCUAGGACAGACAGUAGGUGACCCUCAAAUUGAGGAAGAUGACAUUCCUAUAGUACUUAGAUCUUGGCAGGCUCAGAACUUUCUAGUCACAGCUUUGCAUGUCAAAGGAACAGUGCCAUAUUUAAAUGUUCUUGGAAUUAUCGAAGUUCAGGAUCUUCUUCUAGCUGGAGGUGCCACAGCUCCCAAAACAGCACAUGAACUGAUUGCAAAUUUAGCUUCUCGUCUUGCAAGAUGGGAUGAUAGGUGCUUUUCAUUAUUUUUUUUUAAAAAUUCAGAAUUUCACUUAUACAUUUCUAGAUAA